CACACAGACAGGACGGGAUGCGGGACUGAGCAGUGCCUCUGCGGGUUUUAGCUUCCAGGGUUUUUCUUUUUCCUCAUUUUGACUAUGAUUUUCUUUUUCCGGCGCUCUGAGGUUGAUGACGGCUUUUGUCCGACACAAACAGGUACUUGUGCGGCGUGUUGCCGUCGCUCUGGUUAGUAUGAGACUCUGAUGAGUGCGGAGAGGACAGGAUGCCCGGCAGCGGCGCCGACUCACUGAAACCCAGCGCCUUCAUCCCGGUGUGCACCGCCGCCUGCCUCCUGGUCGGCUCUACCUCCCUGUUCUUCGUCUUCACAUGCCCGUGGCUGGCUGUGACCAUCUGCCCUGCUGUGCCGCCAUGCUGUGCCAUCCUCUUCCUUUUUGUGCUGGCCAACUUCACCAUGGCAACCUUCAUGGAUGCUGGUGUGCUCCCAAUGGCGAACGAGGACGAGGACAAGGAUGACGAGUUCCGCGCUCCGCUGUAUAAGAAUGUGGAUGUCAAGGGCGUCCAGGUGCGGAUGAAGUGGUGUGCUUCGUGUCAUUUCUACAGACCUCCACGCUGCUCCCACUGCAGCGUCUGUGAUCACUGUGUGGAGGACUUUGACCAUCACUGUCCCUGGGUGAACAACUGCAUCGGGAGGCGAAACUACCGCUACUUCUUCCUGUUUCUGUUGUCGCUGACAGUUCACAUGAUCGGAGUCUUCACCUUUGGCCUCAUAUACGUCCUGCACCACAUGGAUGAAUUAUGGAAGCUGCACUGCACUGUCACUUUGGUUGUGAUCAGUAUAUCAGGGCUGUUCCUCAUCCCGGUUCUGGGUCUCACUGGAUUCCACUUGUACUUGGUUUCCAGAGGACGCACCACCAACGAGCAAGUAACUGGGAAGUUUCAAGGAGGAGUCAAUCCUUUCACACGAGGUUGUUGUAACAACCUGGAAUAUCUGGUGUGCAGCCCCAUCUCUCCAAACUACACAGCGAGGCCCUGUAAGAAGGCAGUGAUCCACAUUCAGCCUCCGUUCCUGAGACCAGAGAUUGACAGGCAGAGGCCAGUGAAAGUCAGGGACAACGGCAUACAGAGUCAGGAUCUCCAAAAUAAACGAAACUCAGCCGGAGCUGUCGAGCUGUCAGACAUCAAACAAAUGAAAACUCCACCACCGCUGCCACCGAAACCAGACCACGGCCUGCUGAAAAGCCAAGUAGCUGCCAUGGAUGAGAUGGGACACCAAACCAAAUCCAUCAUUCCUGUAUCCAUUCCCACUGUGCCGCAGCUACGGCCUGUCCUGGAAGCCAUAUCCAGAGGAUCGUCUCCCAUACCCCCAGAGCAGUUGCUGAAAUCAUCAGAGCAGCAAGCGACCAACAGAAGUCCUGACCUCCGCUCUGACUCUAAAGGAAGCCCAGGGAGAGGUGUCCUGACUGUCCAAUCCAACAUCCAGACCAACACCGUCUCAAGCUCACUGCCACUCAACUCUCUGACGCUCAACUCCCGCUCACUCACCCUCAAACACAGCAGUCGCCACAGCAGCAAAUCCCAGCUACCGGCCAUGCACGGUGAUGCUUUGGGAUCCAAUCCCCCACAGGGGAUCAUCAGCUCUUCCAGCCUUCUGGCCAACCACAGCAGCUAUGAUAACCUCAUUAACCCUGCAGACCCUCAGUUCCUGACUCAGAGAGGGGCUCCUCCAGUCGGCUACCACCCUCACUUCAUGGCUCUGGGCACAGAUGGAGCUGUCGUGCAGCGGCCCCCUCCUCACGCCUACAGUCCCGUGUUUAUGGGAAUCACCAGACAGUCUCCACAACCCCGAGACCCCUCACCUUCUCUGCAGGGCCUCACCUCAAGGGAUCCUUCACCCUCCUUCCAAGGUUUCAUUCAAAGAGACUCUUCUCCAGCUUAUCACGGGCUGCUGCCAAGAGACCUCGCAUCCCAAAGCAUAACAUCACGAGACAUCCCCCCUCCUGGUCUGGUGAUGCGAGAUAUGACCUCUCAAAGUCUUCGAGACAGCCUACGUGACCUCGGUUCACAAGGUUUGACACCGCAGAAGUCUGCUGCUGCAUGCUACGACAACUUUUCAAAAACCAUCAUGGCUUCUAUUCACGAGAGACGAGAGAUGGAGGAGAGGGACAGGAUGCUGCGUCUCCAGGCCAGAUCCCAGGCCCUCUAUGGCCCAGAUGUAGGAAUUUAUGACAUCCCCAGCCGGAGGAGUCUACCACCAGACAACAUCCGACCUCCAGGCUCCCGUGGACCGACUCCUCCGGCCUAUGGCUCCAGAGAGUUCCUGAUGAGUACAGGCAUCCUGGGUUAUGGCAUGAGGACCUCACCUCUCUCCAGCUCCUCCACAUCGUCUUUGACCCGAGGCCCGAAAACAUCCAGCUCUCCUCUGCAGAGCAGCAGCAGCAGCAGCCUGCAGAGCAAGGGCAGGUCUUCCUCUCCUGCUUACUGCCCUCCUGACAGACAGACUCAACCCCUCCCUUCCUCUACAUCCACUCUGCCACGUUUACCCACCUCCUCCACCCCCUCAUAUGCCUCCUAUGCCACUACAAAACGAUCCUCGCUGACAUACUCCUCUGAGCCGAAGGACUCAGUCACCCUGGGAGCCCUGAAAUGAAAAAAAAAAAUACUCUGUGUUUCUGAUGGUGUUAAUGAAUCAUCUAUGCAGUGUUAGUCUCAGUCUUCACAGCUCCAAAAUACUUUGUAAAUAAGAGGCCAUACGGGACUCUCCUGUGUGGGAGGGUGUUUCAGAAUACACAGCGGAGGAUAAACUUAGAAAUAUUCUUGAAAUGUCAUGCAAGUCUGACCAAAUCCGAAAAAACGGUGAAUCUCAGGAUAGAUGUGCCUCCUCUUGCAAACAGAGCGAGCUCUACAAACUCAGUCAAAGCAGAAGAGCUAUGUGAAGAAUACAGAUUAACUUAUUAUUUGUUUGUAUGUGUUUUGAUAUUGCUUUUGUGAAACAAUGUAAAACCACACCAUCUAAUUUGUCUCCCUCUGCAAAAAAACCCCCCAAUUUUAAUAAAAUUUUGUAGUUGUUUAUAUAAAUAAACUUAUUUUGUAAUUUUCA